UGAUCCAGACUGUUGCAAUGCUUCGGGAGAGCUCAGACAGAUACAUAUUGAAUACAUUACAGCAGAGAGGCUUCAGGCUUGAUCUAUCGUGCUGGAAGGUUUCGCUACAAUGCAGACUGAUGUGUGUUCUUCUUAACAGGUUGGAGCACAAUAUCGGUAUCUCGAAAUGCAUGCUGCGACAAACAGUUACUUCAUUUGUUUCCUCUCUAUACUCGUUUGUAUGUACAAACAGGGGCUGUAGACAACCGAGGAGCACCUUUACGUGGAGUGAUCUGAAAGUUAAUUGGAUCGUGGGCCUUUCGACGACACUUGUGUGUUUUGCAGACUCGACUCCCACAUUGUUUUACACCGCGCGAGGAAGCGAGAGGACAGAUUUAGCGACAAAUUGCCGACAAUGAGCGUGGAAUUACCUCCAGUCGCAACAUGGCUGCUGCUUAGAUGUUUAUUGGAAAAGUUCAGCCCUGAACAUUAAGAAAGUUUUUAAAAUAAUCCACGUUGCAAGAAAAGAACUUUCCUGGCGUAAUUCAGCUCUGGACUGGACUGGACAGGACUACACAGGGAAUCAGAGCGAGUCAUUCAGUUUGGUCCGUGCAUGACAGCAGACCAGCACAGAAGGGCUUUCCGUGAACACUCUCGCCUUUAACAGCAUUUUCACCUCGGUCAAAGACUUGUGAUCUUACAGCAGAAAAUGCAUUUCUCCAUCCCCGAGACGGAGGUUCGCUCUGAUGAAAAUGGAUCGACUUAUGUGGCUUACAAUAUCCAUGUGAAUGGUGUCUUGCAUUGUCGAUUACGUUACAGCCAACUCCUGGGCCUCCAUGAACAGAUCAAAAAAGAAUAUGGAAAUAAUGUGGUGCCAGCUUUUCCACCAAAGAAGAUCUUCACCCUCACACCGGUGGAAGUCGAUCAGAGGAGAGAACAGCUAGAGAAAUACAUGCAAGCCGUGCGUCAGGACCCCAUUCUGGGAUCCAGUGAGAUGUUCAACAGCUUUUUGAGAAAAGCUCAACAGGAGACUCAGCAGAUUCCCACUGAGGAGGUGCAGCUAGAAAUCUACCUGUCCAAUGGCCAGAAGGUCAAAGUCAACAUCCUCACAUCGGACCAGACUGAAGAUGUUCUGGAGGCUGUGGCCUCAAAGCUCGACCUUCCCGAUGAGCUGGUGGGAUACUUCAGCCUCUUCCUGGUUCAGGAGAGGGGGGAUGGGGGCUGCACUUACGUGAGAAAACUGCAAGAAUUUGAGCUGCCCUACGUGUCCAUCACCAGCCUGCAUAGUCCCGACUACCGCAUCAUCCUCCGUAAAAGCUACUGGGACACAGCGUACGACAGUGAUGUCAUGGAGGACCGUGUGGGACUCAACUUGUUAUAUGCUCAGACGGUGUCUGACAUAGAGCGGGGCUGGAUCCUUGUGAACAAAGAGCAGCACAGACAGCUGAAAUCCCUGCAGGAGAAAGGCUCAAAAAAGGAGUUCAUCAGAUUGGCUCAGACUCUGAAGUACUAUGGCUAUAUCAAGUUUGAUCCCUGCAUAACAGAUUUUCCUGAGAAGGGCUGUCAUGUUAUAGUUGGGGCCGGCAACAACGAACUCAACUUUCACGUCAAAUUGCCCAGUGAUCAGAUGAAAGAGGGCAGCUUCAAAGUCACGCGCAUGAGAUGCUGGCGGGUCACCUCAUCUCAGGUGCCUGUGGCGAACGGUACCGCAAACCCAAGCAGUUCCAGUAAAUGUGACGUGAAACUAGAGCUGGCCUUUGAGUACCUGAUGAGCAAAGACCGUCUGCAGUGGGUCACCAUCACCAGUCCACAGGCUAUCAUGAUGAGUAUCUGUCUGCAGUCUAUGGUAGAUGAGCUGAUGGUGAAGAAAUCUGGCGGAAGCAUUAAAAAGCAGAUGCAGAAGAAGCGACAGAACGGCUCGUUCCAGCGCUCUGACAGUCAGCAAGCUGUGAAGUCUCCUCCAUUACUGGAUUCCCCGGAUCCCAGCCGUGAACAAGUAGUCAAACUCUCUACCAAGCUGUCUUCUGUCUCCCUGAGAGGACUAAGCUCUUCCAACUCAGCCAGUGACAUCAGCAGCAAUGAUUUCCAUGGAAACUACUCCUUUGAAGGAAUAGGGGACGAUGACCUUUGAUGGAGUCAUCCUCAAAAACUGGACUAAAGGAGACAGAUUCAUUUAGCGGUUUCUCUGCGACAAGUGUAGUUUAAUAAAUGCCCAGUUCUGCAGUUUUGUAAUCCAUUUUGAAAAAAAUAAUUAUAUCAACGGUCUCAAAAAUGGCCUGUGAAGUACAUAAUUUUGACUCAGGUCUCAUUACUUUCAUCAGAGGCCUCAGAUUCAGUGCUCACUCACCUAAAGUAACAAAAAUUGGAUGAUUUCAGAUUUGAGGCAUAAUUAGAGACAACGUCAACGGUUAAAUUGAGACAGGGUUACAUAAGCACCUCAGGGCAAGUUGCUACAUUCAAAGAGAGGCUGUGAUGAAAUUUUCUUCUGAAGACGGGCUUUAUUGAAUCGUACUUUCUUACUAGAGACACAAAACUGUGCUUUUCCUCUCAUAUCAUCAUCUGGCAGACACCUUUUGUCUCAUUUUCUCGACUGCUUAUGACAGUAGUGGCCUACUAGAGGAAGAUCCAUACCAGCAAACUGUGUUGAUAUGUUCCUUUUAAAAUCAGUUGAGAAUAUUAUUUAAUAGAGAUGUGCUUCGUAUCAUUCAGUGUGCCAAUGUUGCUCAAACUAUUGUGUGGUGGCUGCAAUAUUAACCAUGGCGUGGUAGAUCUCUGCAGCUUCCUGUUUUUUUUUUUUUUUUUUUUUCAGGAGAGGUAAACUCGACCUGACACCUACUGCAUAUUCAUUGCAUGGAUGAAAAUACAAGAUCUUUACUGUGGCCUGCUUUCUCUCUGCCUUAUGCUGAUUCAGACGCCUUACAGUUUAACUUCUCAAAUUUAACAUUAAAUGUAGCACCGGACACGAGUUGGCUAAAAAGCUUCUCUCAAUCUGGCCACCGCUGUGUCCUGAAUCUCGCUUUGUUUUGGUGUGUUCGGCUGGCCCGCCUGCACUAGCUGAACUCAUGUCUUUUUUUUGCACAGUAUUAAGUAAGAUAGAUGGCUUGGGUAUUUAUUGAGAUCGUAAAACUGUGGGGAAACAUCCUGGAACAUUCGCAAGAGAUUUGUAGGGUUUUUUUUUUUUUUUUUUUCUUGAACCGAUAUUUACAAAGGUUUCUCAUAAAUGCCAAAAUUGUAGUUCACUAAAGCAUUUUGCACAAAAAAAUCAUGGUAAUGUCACUUUUAUUAAUGUACAUGCAAUUUAAAUAUAUAUAUUCUGAAUAUUUACUAAUAUCUGUAUUAUCAUUUGACCAAAUAUAAUCCAGGCUGUGUAUAAAUAAAAAUAAAAAGAUUAGAAACUAACAUUUAUCAGUGUUUACAAAAUUGUCGAAAAAGAGUGUUUACAAAUUUCGCAUCUAAAUUUCAGCGAUAGUCUUAGUACACUUUAUAUAUUUCAUUUUGAAGAAUAUCAUUCCAGUCUGCAUUUUUCGUUAUAUCAUAUACAUUUAGAUCCAUUUUGUAUUUUACUAAAUGCAUUGUGGCAAUCAUCUCAGAGGACUGUGAUCACAUGGUGCUUGGAAAAUGGAUGGGUUUUAAAUUUAUGCUGGGUUUCUGACUGCAAUGAUAGUCAAAUUGAAUGAAAUUCCCUUAUUCUUCAUCCCAGAUGAUAUAUAUAAUAUGAUUCCUCCCAUAGGCAGAAUGUGUUAAAUAAGAAGGUUGUUCUCAUGUCUGUGUGCUGUAUGGCUGAUUAUUUUUGAGCUGAUGAUUGUAAUUUGUGAUUGCCAUGUUCAGUAUGUUCACCAGCAUCAUCAUCAUCAUCGUCUAGGAUGAAAGGGGUAACCAUCUUUAAUCUUAAACCCUGUAUAUCGCUCAUGAAUCAGUAUGAUUUAUUUCUCAAAUUCUCACUUCAUUUUAAAUCCAAGAAUGGAAGUUAGAGCCUUCUGGGUUUCAAUAAAUUUAGGUGCCAAACGGUG